AUGGGUUUCCUCUAUGGAUCUGGCUUUUGGGUUCCCAAAGAACAAGGUCAGAAUCUGGCCAGCUUGUUCUUCAAGUUCUUGGCCUUGUAUGCCCAGGGUGCAGCCAUCACUCUGGCGCAAGGGAAGCGUCGAUUCCCAAUGGUGCCAAAAGUGCACAUGAUUGCGCAUGCAGCGCAUCAGCUGCUCACCCAAACCAGGCUUGGGUCAUGGGUUGAAAACCCCUUGGCCACAACCAACCAAGCUCAAGAGGACUACAUAGGUGAUGCACUCUUCACUGUCUACGCAUGUCAAGCGCUACAAACCUUGGCGCGAGCAGAUGCGGAGGAAGACGGGCGCACCCGACUUCUGCACGGUCUUUGGCUUGGGCUGCCAUUGCUGAGCAAGUUGUCCUUAGCGGCCUGCACCAAUACAGCGGCCCUGGACUUGUUGCACUGCCUGCUGGAGGCCAGCGAGGCCACGGCGCGCAACGGCGUGCGCGCGGCCGUGCGCUCGCUGGCCUACGCCCUGGCGGAGAGCAAGGACCCCGACCCCGAGCCGGCAGCGGACACGGGCGCGCCGGCGACUCCGGCGCCGGAGCCAGUGCCGGCCUUUCCGAUGCCCUUCGAGAUGAAUGCGGAGAUGUUGCCUGAGAUGGAAGGAAUGGCCAACAACUUAUUGAUGGCGCAUGAGGAUGAACUGGUGCCAUCAUGGGCCGAGUUUCACCAUGAGUUGUUUCAGGAGCUUGCAUGUCCAAGCCUGGGGGAUGGUUCUGCACCGGAUUUGGUGACUUUGGCCAACUUUGAGAGCAAGGCCAAUCUGCUGGCUGAGAACGCCGCAGUGCACACCCUCGACGCUACGAGGCCGGGCGAGACACACUUCACAUGCUCUGCGAUUCCGGCUGCGUGGAAUCGUAACAUGAUCAACGAGCCUGAACAUCCACCACCACCAGCAAUGGACAAGGACAGCCCUUGGCAAACCGUGUCCUCCUGCAGAUUGCCUAUCUUUUUCGAGGAGAAUGCCUUGGUGGGCGCAGAUGAAUACAUCUCCGACCCACGGAAGAAGGGCAGGGCGGUGUUGAUGUCCCGCAGAUCCAUCCGCUCCUCCUCCAAGGUGCACAACUGGGCGCAGGCCGUGAGCUCGGCUGAGCAGGCGGGCGCCAGUGCGGUGCUGGUCUUCAACGACUUGGACGUGCAGGAACCCUUCCGGAUGGGCCUUUUUGGGGAGAAGUUGCCGAAGAUUCCGGCCUUCAUGGUCAGUGGCAAGGAUGGAGCAGCGCUGUGUGCAGCCAAAGAUUGUGACCUCCUGAUCGUGAGGUCUGUGUUAGCCUCCUCUCAAGCCACUCCGCCCUGGCCCUUGGCUGGGGGACGCCUUGCGGAUUUGGCGCAGGCCUGGAGUCUGCUGGAAGCCUUGUCAGCACAUGAACCCGAAGAACUGGACGAACUUCUCCAAAGGAUGAGUGUUCCGGAGAAGCGGGUCUGGCUGACGCGUCGCCUCGUGAGACAUCAUCGAACGUCGCAGCAGGCGGAAGCGGCGGAGCCUCCUUUGGCCUUCGUGGAGGGGGAUCGAUGGCUGUCGCCGCAGAAGCAGUUGGAAGCCUUGCGAAAGCAGUACUGUGAAGGCACUGGCAUUGGCAGUCCUGACAUUUGUGGAGAAUUCGAGGUACGAUUUCGUGGUGAACAAGGCGUUGGCAGCGCCGUGGUCCGUGAAUGGAUGGACUUAGUGGCGCGCGACGUCUAUCUGCAGCCAUCGCUGCGACUCUUGAGGAGCUACGAUCAGCGACAAACCUUUUGGCCCGAUGCAGCGGCCACCUUUUGCAACAACUGCUGGAAGAUGGACUAUGAGAUCAUGGGCUGUUUGAUCGGCCUGGCGCUCUGGCAGAAUUGCACUUUGGAUUUGCCGCUGCAUCCGCAUAUCUGUGCCUUGCUCUUCGGCUUUCCUCCCGAGAGCAUCACGACCAGCCUGGCUGAGAUGGAUCCCGAACUGCACAGACACAAGGUGCAGUGGCUGCUGGCCAAUCCCAUCGAUGAUUUGGGAGUUGAACUCAGCUUCUCUGAUCCUUUGGGACCAGAAGAGUCGAAGGAUGCGGAUGAAGAGGUACAAAGCCUCCCAUCCUUACUAUCGCGACAUCAGCGUUUAUCCGGAGACAGCAGCAGCACGGUUUUGAUGCGCGUGGAGAACUCUGAGGUGUUGCUGUGUGAUGGCGUGGCCACAGUGACGGACGAGAAUAAGCAUCGCUUUGUCGAGUUCCUGGAGAGAUGGAAACUCUAUGAAGGCAUCUCCGAACAGAUCAACGCCAUGGCAAAGGGAUUGGGCAAAGUCUUGCCGGAAGACCUGCGGCAAGAGAUGCAUGGUUUGUUGACACCCAUGGAGAUCGCACAGCUGCUCAGUGGCUUGGGCACGUUGAACGUUGAGGACUGGGAGACGCACACGGCCUACACCCACGGACUGCAUAAGGAGAGCAAUGUGGUGCGCUGGUUUUGGCAGGUGGUUCGUGACUGGGCCAACUCUGAGGAGGUCCUUCUGCCCCAAUUGCUGCAGUUUGUGACCGGCUCCGCGCGGGUCCCGGUGGGUGGUUUCAGUGAGCUCGUUGGUUUCAACGGAGCCAAGCAUGCCUUCACUUUAGCUGGAGCGAAUCAUCUGUCGAAGCAGGCAUUGCCUGUGGCCCACACCUGCAUUUGCACAUUGGAUAUGCCUCCCUACCCAGAUUUGGAGACCUGCCGCCACAAGAUGACGCAAAUGUUACGCUUGGGACGAUCUCACUUCGAUGAGGGUGCAGGUCAAGCCGAGACCUGAGCGGAGACCAUUCCGAUCGCGAACGCUCGGGCGGGUUUCGGGGCCGGCAUUUUGAUUCGUUUUUCGGA